UUGAACAGUGCAUUGAAUCAUCCACCUUACUUACUGUAUUUGGCAUUUGAUUUUUUAGUGUAGUCACUGAGUCAUUGGAUGGUGUGGCCAGUGCACAGUGUGCUUUCCGGCUCAUGUGUGAGAAAUAAAGCUGGCGACUCGGGAAAGCGGACCUGUGCCAUUACAAUCAUGUACAUGAUGUACACUGCAACAGCAAACGUUUCUAAUCAUGAUGGAAUGCGCCCACAUGCCUUACAGAUUACAUAUAGUUUCUGAAAUUACAGGGAAGUGCUCGCCUGAGACAGGGCGGUGAGGCAGCGUGCUCAUCAGGGCCAUCAUUCGAUCAAACGUAGCAGAGUUCUCUGUGGAUUUUUGCGUGGAUGAAAGCCUCAGAGACUAGUUGAUUUCAUCUGGAGGUGGAUGCUCAGUGUUGAACAUUCGGUGGUUGCAUCUUUUUGACAGUGGAGUCUCUGCAGGUUUUUAGUUGAUGGUGUACACCUGGUGAAGGGGCUUAACUGUCACCAUGGGACGUCCAUUAGCUCCGUCAGUCCAGGGCUAUAGCACGCUUGAAGGAAUAAACAGCAGCGCCAAUCAGAUAUUCAGGAGGAACGAAGAGAAAGAAACGGAACGUUCCCUGAAGGCCAACAACCGGGAGUAUAAUUCCCAGUUCAGAUAUGCUAACAAUUACAUCCGGACAUCCAAGUACAACAUCCUGACCUUCAUUCCUGUCAAUCUGUUUGAGCAAUUCCUCCGCAUUGCCAACUUUUAUUUCCUGGUGUUGUUUAUCAUGCAGCUCAUAGGGCCGAUCUCUUCCUUGAAUCCGGUCACCACUGGCCUGCCCCUUGUCUUCGUGUUGGCAGUCACAGCAACAAAAGAUGGAGUGGAUGACUUUCAACGACACAGAAGUGACAGUUUAGUCAACAACAGGCAGACGGACAUCUUGGUUGAAAACAAUACCCAGCGUAAAUCCAAUUUAGGUCUACUUGGUAGGCGUGCCAAGUUUGAGAAGCUCGACAAGGCCCAGAGAGGGCGUUAUGCAAAGCUUACAUCAACUCGGUGGCAGGACGUGCAGGUCGGGGACAUCAUCCGAAUGGAGAACAAUGAAUUUGUUGCUGCUGACCUGCUGCUGUUAUCGUCCAGUGAACCGCACAGCCUGGUGUACAUUGAGACAGCAGAAUUGGAUGGGGAGACAAAUCUCAAGGUGCGCCAAGCGUUGCCUGAGACAGCCUUGUUGGGUGAAGAUCUAGACAGAUUCAAAAAUUUCAAAGCGGAAGUGAAAUGCGAACCGCCCAACAACAAGCUGGAUCGCUUUGAGGGGACGCUGACAUGGGAAGGCGACAGCUUCCCGCUGUCUAACGACCAGAUCCUGCUGCGAGGCUGCCGACUGCGCAACACAAAGUGGUGCUACGGCAUCGUCAUCUUCGCCGGCCGCGACACCAAACUGAUGCAGAACAGUGGCAAGUCUAAGUUCAAGAGGACCAGCAUCGACCGCAUGGUCAACAAGCUGGUGCUGGUGAUUUUCUUGAUUCUGUUUGUGUUGUGUCUCAUCUGUUCCAUCGCUUGCUCUGUCUGGGAAGCCAACUAUGGCGAUGUAUUUCAGGCGUACCUUCCUUGGGAAUAUGAUAGUCCAGCAAUUAUUGCAACGCUGGUGUUCUUUUCCUAUGUCAUUGUGCUGAAUACACUGGUUCCCAUCUCACUAUAUGUCACCGUGGAGUUGAUUCGCAUGUUUCAGAGUCUGUGGAUUUCCUGGGACAAGGCUAUGUACUAUGCACCCAAGGACACGCCGGCAAAGGCAAGGUCCACCAAUCUAAAUGAGGAGCUGGGUCAAAUACAGUACGUGUUCUCAGACAAGACUGGUACCCUGACUCAGAACAUCAUGACCUUCAACAAGGCGUCCAUUGCUGGCAGGAAGUUUGGAGAGCUGAAGGAUGAAAAUGGUGACGUGAUAGAGAUCACUGACCAAACCCCCUUGGUUGAUUUUUCCAAGAACAACAUGUACGAGCCCAGCUUCAAGUUCUACGACAAGAGUCUUCCGAAUGCCAUCGAUAAAGGGGACCGGCACUGCUGGCUCUUCUUCCGCCUCUUGUCCCUGUGCCACACUGUCAUGCCGGAGAUCAUUGAGGGCAAGCUGCAGUACCAGGCCCAGUCUCCCGACGAAGCUGCUCUGGUAUCUGCUGCAAGAAACUUUGGAUUUGUCUUCAAGUCGAGGACACCCACCACCAUCACGCUUGAGGUACAAGGCGAGGUGGACAAGUACGAGCUGCUGCACAUUCUGGACUUCAACAAUGUCCGGAAGCGAAUGUCGGUGGUGGUCCGGCAGGGUCGCAAGAUCCGCCUUUACUGCAAAGGGGCGGAUAACGUCAUCCUGGCACGGCUUGGAGAGGGCAACGAGCAGCUGGUGGACAUCACCAACCAGCACUUGCGGGACUUUGCUGGGGAAGGUCUGAGGACACUCUGCCUGGCCAUGAAAGAUGUCGACGAAGCGUACUACCAGGAAUGGAAGAGAAAGCAUCAUGCUGCUGCCACCUCAUUGGAUGACCGCGAAGCCAAGUUAGAUGAACUGUAUGAGGAAAUAGAGACCAACUUGACCUUGUUGGGAGCCACGGCCAUUGAAGACAAGCUGCAAGACGGAGUGCCCACUGCCAUUGAGAACCUCCAUAAGGCUAACAUCAAGUUGUGGGUGCUGACAGGCGACAAGCAAGAGACGGCCAUCAACAUCGGCUAUUCCUGCAAGCUGCUGACCGAUGAAAUGAAUGAAAUGUUCAUUGUCAACGCCACCGAGAAAGACUUGGCCGAGCAAGAGAUUAAGAAUUGCCUGGAGAAGAUCCGAGAUGUGAUGGGUAUCAAGGACAAGCAGGAACUCCAGGAUGCCGCUGGGGACGGGGAUGACAUAUCCUACCACAGCAAAGACGAGGAUGAACUGAACGACGUCUACAGCUUUGCCUUAGUCAUCACCGGAGCUGCCCUGGCAUUUGCGCUGGGCAGCAAAGAUAUUGAACAGGUAUUCCUUGAGGCUGCCUGCUACUGCAAGACGGUCAUCUGCUGCCGCGUCACUCCGUUGCAGAAGGCCCAGGUGGUUGACUUGGUCAAGCGGUACAAGAAGGCAGUCACACUGGCCAUUGGAGAUGGAGCCAAUGACGUCAGUAUGAUCAAAACUGCACACAUCGGAGUUGGCAUCAGCGGCCAGGAAGGGAUGCAAGCUGUGCUUUCCAGUGACUUCAGCUUUGCUCAGUUCAGGUACCUGGAGCGGCUGCUUUUGGUACAUGGCCGCUGGUCCUACUACCGAAUGAGCAAGUUCCUCUCCUACUUCUUCUACAAGAACUUUGCCCAGACGGUGGGCCACUUCUGGUUUGCCUUCUUCUGCGGGUUUUCUGCCAUGACUCUAUAUGAUGAAUGGUACAUCAGUGCGUACAACAUCAUCUUCACCUCAUUGCCUGUGAUAGCCCUGGGCAUAUUUGACCAGGAUGUCAGCGACAAGAAGAGCAUCGAAUACCCGGAGCUGUACAAGCCAGGACAGAAGAGCCUGUUCUUCAACUACGUGGUCUUCGCCAAGAGUCUGCUGCAGGGCACCGUCACCUCGCUGGUCCUCUUCUUCAUCACCUACGGUGCCUUGAACGGUGACCUGUUUCCAGACGCUAUACCGGCACAUUCCCAGGCUCUGUUCGGUUGCAUUAUAGCGACCAUGGUGGUCGUUGUGGUCAACUUAAAGAUUGCUCUAGACACCGCCUACUGGAACAUCAUCACCCAUAUUGUCAUCUGGGGCAGCAUCGUCUUCUACCUGAUCUUCAUCUUCAUGUUCUACAGCCUCCCUUUCUAUGCCACCUUCAGUGCCGUCUUCACCUACGUAGGGGUGCCAGUGAUGAUGUUCCGCCUGCCGUCCUUCUACUUCUCCCUCGUCCUGGUCUGCACCAUCCUGCUGCUGCCGCUGAUGGGCAAGCGGGCAGUGCAGGCCGACGUCCAGCCCAUGCUGGUUGACAAGGUGCGGCUGGAGCAGCGCCGGGAACAGCAGGAGCUCAAGAAGGCCCGCAAGAAGUCGCUGGCGCUGCGGGGGUUCCGAACCCGGGGCUCGGUCAGGGACAGCAUGCGGUCCUCAGCGGGCCUGCAGCAUGGCGGCAGCAGUCUGCGGCGCCCGGCCAGCACCCGCUCCGGCUAUGCCUUCAGCCACCAGGAGGGUUUCGGAGAGAUCAUCCAGAAGGGGGUGAACAUGAGAGACAUCAAGGAGGAGGAGCAGGAAACGGAGGCCAAAGUUUGCUAGGAAAUGUCUGCAGCUCCGGGGCAACCACUGUCCCCUUGGUCUUUAAUACAAAGGUCCUGGAGGUCAGGGAUGAAUCACCUUGAGCUUCCUGGUAGUAGAACAUACUAUAAACUUCAAGUUUAUAGUUUAUUAAGUGUAAACCUUAAUCUUUAAACCAACACACCUAUCCUCAUUCAUAUCUUUGUGCCUCGUACCAUCUGUCUUAGACGUAGAAAUAUUGGUAGUGUAAAACCAGGCAUUCCUGAAAACGAUGAAUCAGGAGCAAAUUUCUGGACUAACUAUCUGUACAAGAAACAGUUGUAAAGGCUUCUAUUUGUUCGAGAGAGUUACUGUGUACAUUAUUCAUUCCCCAGAAUCCCAGCAUUCGUUUGUGCUGUGUCAGUAUUUCUAUGAAACUGGUGGAGGUGAGCUUGCAUCUUUAAAACUGACAGAAAAAGGUUCAUCUUACACGCUCAGAGAAAUGAAGAUAACUGAAUGUACAGAGUCAUUUUUUACAUCUUUUUGUGGCUUCUUUGUUGUACUGAAGGCAUGGUUUUGCACAUUGAGUGCAUUACGUGCUGUGUUGUGGGCAUCGGCUACUUUUCUUUACCAAGAAUUUGUGGAUGCUAUUUAUGAACAAAUUGUUAUAAUUUGGGGGUUUUUUUUCGCUUAUGUGAGAAAUUUAUAUUUUUCAGACUUCCUCUUUACAUGUAUCUGCGAAAAUCAGGAUGUAUAUGUUUUAAGUUGUAGUUUCUGGACAUUUGUUAACCACUCGCUGCCAGGGUGUUUCAUGGCUGGGGUGCUCGAAGUCGGAACUUUCUUUCCCAAAAGACAGAGCUUGCCAAUCAAGGUUCAUGUGCUGUCAGCGCUGAGUGAUGGCAUUAUUGGAGGUAGUCCGUCAUUGUUUUGAAACAGUACUAUUGUUUGUUGUUGCCAGCGCAGCGGAUUAUCAGCGAGGACAAAAGCGCUCCAGUGAUGAGCUAUACAAUACAGCUGCACGCUUGUGGAAUCUGGCCGCAUCGGCACCGACAAUACUGCUGCACAGCAUUCAUUGAGCCGGUGUGCCUGAUGAAUGGCCUGGUUCACCCUCACGGCCAAUGCGCUACUUUAUCGUCAAUCGCUCUACAUAGCAACACUGCCAUCCAGCAUAGCAAUGCACUGGGCCAAUUCCUGGAACAAAGAGGAAAUUAUGCGACACCGCACAAUGGGGGCUCUUUAAUGGGUGGCAGGUGUGGCUGCAACACUCAUGCGUCAGUGGAGGUUCCCCGUCAGAUGGCCAGAAGACAGUCACUCGUUUGGGUGUACGCGUCCAGCA